CCGAUCGUUCUUGUAUAGGUUAUAAUCGAAUCAAAGUGAUUCGAUCGAGCGUGAUCGACACUUCAAACAGUCAUAACAUAAUAAUCAUAAUAAAAGUUUUGGUAUUACAAAUACGAAAAUCGUUAUUCAAUUGAGAAAAAAAUUAUUUUAACAUCUUACAGUCGUGGUUCUAUAAAACUCGAAAUAAAUAGAUUGUUUGCAAAUCAUCAAUAUGCCUGGAGUGGAUAAAUCAGCUGAGGAAAGUGGAAAGGCUCCUAUUGCAGCUAUCUGUGCACCUCCGAAUAAUUCUAAUAAUGGAUCUAUACCUCAACCAAGACAACCGAAUAGCUUGCAAGGACUUUUGCGUUUCGCAAUGUCAGCAACUGAAAACGGAUCCUUGGAAAGUAAAUUUCAACCGAUGGAUGAAGAGAGGAAGAGAUUUCUUGAAACAGCUUUGAGAACAAUGACUAUAAAUGUAGUGGAAGUUUUACAUAGACAGAUAGAAAUUUUGAUGAAAGUUGAAACUCUUAAGGACGGAGAUGAUGUUUCAAAUUAUUUGGAUGCCUUCGAGACUAUCAUGGAGUAUAUUGAUAAUAUUGAUAUAGCUAAUGAUUUUCAUAAAAUUGGGGGAUUUGUGAUACUCAAGCCUUGUUUGAACUGUAAAAACGAUAAAAUAAGGUCUGCCGUAUGUGGACUGAUUGCUGAGCUCUGCCAAAACAAUCCAUACUGUCAGAAAAUUAUAAUUGAUCAUGAAUUUGUCCCAAUACUUGUGAAUAUAUUGAACAAGGAUGAAGAUCAAGUUGGUGUCAAAUGUAUUUAUGCAUUGAGUGCUAUUGUGAGAAAUAAUGAAGAAGGAUUAUCCCAACUCAUCAGAUAUGGUGGUCUCAAUGUACUUUUAAAAACUCUAAAGAAAGAAGAUGAUAAAUUCCGUACUAAGACAGCAUUUUUAUUGAACUCACUCUGUAGAUCAGAGCCUGAUUUCAAAAGUAGGUUGAUAUUUUUGGAAAUAAUCCCAAUUCUUAUAAAUUUGAUAUCUCAAGAAAGGAAACCUAGUUCGGAACAUAUUUUAUCAUUGCUUUUGUCUUUAGUAGAGGAUAAUGCUACAGCUCUGAAUGAUUGUAGAAAUCCUGAAUAUAAUUUUAAGGAAAUUUUGCAAAAUUACAUUUCAAACAUUGACAACAAAGAAGAAUUCCAGGAAGAAAAAGAGUAUUGUAAGAGGUUGAUGCAUUUGAUCUUCAUAUGAUACAGAAUUUUCUGAAAGUUUUGUUCCAUGGUUGUUACAAAUCUUUCAGCUGGGGAGUAUACCAAAUCUUCCUUUUUUUCUUGAAAUUUUCUUUAUUAUAUUAAUUUCUCAAUAUUUGUAUAUGAUAAUAUAUGUGUCAAAACGCAUUUAGAUUCAAUUGUUCUUCUUAUAAAACUAACUGUUGUAAGUAAUUAAAAGGUAUUUCAAGUUA